AUGGCGUCGCGAGUGCUGACCCGAUCCAAAGCCCUAGCGCACGCCCUCUCACGCGCCGACGCGACCGCGCCGUCGCCGCUGUACGGCGCCCGGUCUCUCCGAGCGCUCUCCACUCUCCCUCAGAACCCGGCCGCCGCCGCCCCGUCACUGCGCCAAACAUCGGUCUGCUCCCCUCUCGACCUCCCCAAGAUUCUAGGGUAUGAGCGAACUUCACGACUCAGUGGCACACAAGUAUUCCCUCGCUGGUUUUCUGCUGGAGCAUCCAAUGGAUCUUCUGUGCAGCAGAUGCAGGAAAGUGCCUCCACAAAGGUGACGGCAUUCAGCCCAUUAGAAGCAACUAUCACCAAACCCAGACGCAGUCCAUUGACAUAUGAAAGCUUGAAAGUGAGGGUAACUGAGCUAGCUAAAGGAGCUACAUAUGUCAUGAUCCCGGCUCUGCUUUUCACAUCAAAAAAUACCAUUACCACUUCUCUUCUGGUCAUGCCAGUUUUCCAUCAGAUCUACAUGUUCCACAAGGAGAUCCUGCUGGACUAUGUCCACCAUGAUGUUACCAGGAAGUGGGCUUUGAUCUACUUGAAGAUUCUUCUACUGAUCAUGGCUAAGGACACAAUUGUCUAUAUCCUCUACGGUAGUUCCUCCAAAGAUGCAUUGAGCACCCAAUAG